UACUGAAAUACAAUGACACACUUUAGUGGAUUUAAAAUUCAACGCGGCGUUAUUAUAACAGAUACUCUCCAAUAUACGUCUUAAUUUUCUGUUAGAAGGACAUACUGUAUACUCGUCACAGGAGAGAGUUGCUUUGUCUUCCGUUUAACCGCUCGAAGUGUUCCUCCUACAGGAGAAAUGACAGUACUGCGGGCUUUUCUUCAGCACACCAACUAAUAACAAAAACAGCUACACCUCGCAUUUUCGUUUACCAACCAAAACGUUUUAUGUUUGGGAGAGGACUAAGCAAUGGAGGCCGUUUAUACCCACGGGAUAUGGAUGGCGGAAAGACUCCAGCAGAGUACGGGGAAUCAAGAAAAAAUGUGGCUGGUUGUCACUCACAUUGGGGAUCCUAAGGCAGCUUUCCUGCUCGUCUUUCCCUUUACUUAUUUCGUUAGCAAACGAGCCGGUGUUGCGGUGCUUUGGGUAGCAGCUAUAUCGGAAUGGUUAAAUUUGGUGUUCAAAUGGAUACUGUUUGGAGAAAGACCAUUUUGGUGGAUAGGUGAAUCUCGACAGUUUGUCAACAAACAGCCAAAAGUUCACCAGUUUUCUUCCACCUGUGAAACAGGACCAGGCAGUCCUUCGGGACAUGCGAUGGUCACUGCAGCAGUCUGGUGGGUUGUCGUGUCCUCCCUGGGGUCAUUUCUUCACUCUCGUACUCGCAGUGUGCUGUUGGCUGCUGUUCCCUACCUGCUCUAUGUGGUGAUGCUUGUUGCUGUUGGACUCUCCAGGGUUUUUAUUCUUGCACACUUCCCUCAUCAGGUUGUCGCUGGCUCCAUCACAGGUUUUAUUCUGGGGAUUAUUCUGAGCCACAGAGUACCAGAAGGUCGCCCCCUGGUGUUCUUUUUUAAAAUCAGCGUUGGUCUGCUAAUCAGUGCUCUGGCGCUGCAUGUUGGACUGCAGCAGCAGCUGGGAAUCAACCUCUCCUGGUCUAUUCAACUGGCUAAGAAGUGGUGCAGCCGUGCUGAGUGGAUCCGCCUGGACACAGCUCCCUUCUCUUCUCUGACCCGAGACUGUGGAGCCCUUCUAGGUUUGGGACUGGCCCAGUACUGGAAGCCUGGAGGGUGGUCUUUGCCUUGGGCUCCACGUGCUUUGUCUCUGGCAAUUUCAUCCAUGGGACUGUACCAUGUAAAUCGCCUCCCGCUGCCCAUCAGACCACAAGCUCUUUUCUAUGUCCUAUUCUUCAUAAAGUUUGUGAUAGUGCCUCAGCUGGUCAUCAUCUUUGUGCCUGGACUGGUCCAUCUUUUCACCCACAAGAAGAAGAAAGAAUAGAAACAUUUUUUUCAGGACUUAUUACACACUGGUUCAGUUAGCGACCAACUCCAACUUACAGGUGUCUUUCAAAUAAAUGUUUUCUUGGAAUGUAUGUUCACUUUUUUACAGGUACUGUCAUGCGUUAAGUGAUGUAGACACUCCAAGUUAUUUUUUUUUCCUUUUACAAUUCAAGUGGCCCAUGUUAUUUUUGUCAGUUACUGUGUUUGGUCUUUUCAUGUUGGGUCUUAUGUUUAGAAAUUGCUAUAAAUAGUGAUUUUGCUUCAAUGUAUUUUCAUACUUAUGUGGGAAAAGUGCAUUUUGUGGAAUUUUGCAUAUUGCAUUUUAUGAUUUUUAAGCGCCUUGUUCAGUGUGAUCUACCAGUGUUUUCUAGAAAGAUAAACAUUACGUCAAGAUGUAAAAUAAAAAAGAAAUAGCACCAUAUUUUGAUCAAAGUGGUACUCAUACCUGUGUUAACAAAUAUAAUUACAUGAGAACUUUAUAAUAUAAAUUCAGUGACACAGUGUUGGCUUUCGAAGGUGGUAUUUUUGUACUGACUGUAUUACAGGGUAAAGAAAAUUAUUAUUGUGUCACCACAGUUGUUUUACUUGCUGUUCAGUGGACCAAAAUCUCCAGAAAUAAUUUAAUGAAUAGAAAAGUGCAUUUGUAUUUUGUACACAUGUUGAAUAAAUUAAAUAACUGA